GCAAGCUAUGCUCCGCGACAAGCGUAUUGUCGGAGGCAUCAAUCUCGACGGCUCCUUCUUUAGCACAGUUAUGAACAAAGGACUCGAUCGCCCGUUCCUCAUUUUCGGGCAUGAGAACAAGACGCAGGCGACUGACGAUAGCUGGGCAGAGACUUGGUCGCAUCUGCGAUCGUGGAAACUCGAGCUGGGCUUGGCUAAGUCGCAGCACUACACCUUCUCCGACUUGCCAGCUUUGUUGAACGUGCUUCAUGCGCCGCAAGAGAUUCUCGACGCAGCUUCGGGGCGGGUCGGGACUUUGGAUGGACUGAGGGCCUUGGAUAUUGUGCAGACUUAUGUGGUCGCCUUCCUUGAUCUCGUCCUUCGCCAUAAAAACCCGAAGAUCCUCCACCAGACAGUGGCCGAGUUUCCCGAGGUAUCAAUUGUUGAUAAAUGAUUAUACUAAGUAUCUAUAUAUUAAAGGGAGGAAUAAAGGCUUUGGAUUGUUACUAGUAGGAUGUAUUAAAAUAUAAAGAACAGCU